CUGGAGCAGAUCAUGACCAACCCUGGGGGAUCCGUGGACCCUGCAUUUCUCUGAGACACUAGGACAGUCCCACCUUCCUGCUUGUGACCUGAGACACCCACUCACAGACUACAUCCUGCCUCCUUGUGAAGCAGCCUGACAGUCAAGAUGCUGCUCCUCAGUGGAUUCACUUUCUCCUGCCUCUGGGCUUUUGGGCUUGGGCAGUUGGAGCCAAUCGAAAUAUCGGUCACCAGAGCAGUAAGCCAGAGUGCCCAAAUAUCCUGUAAAGUUUCUCUUGAAGGCUUUGACAAAGUAGAUAUACAUUGGUACCGGCAGAAGACAAAUCAGCCAUUUGAGUAUCUAAUAUAUGUCAGGAAUGAUAAUACUCAUCGCCCUUUAGAAGGGAUCAGCAAGAAAAUUGAAGCAAAGAAAGACUUGCGAACUUCUACUGCAACCUUGAUCAUAAAUUCCUUGAAGAAAGAAGAUGAAGCCAUCUACUACUGUGCACUCUGGGUUGAGUCAUCAUGGAUCAAAGUAUUUUCAAAAGGGACGAAGCUCAUAGUAAUUCCCUCAGACAAACACCUUGGUUCAGAUGUUUCCCCCAAGCCUACCAUUUUUCUUCCUUCUGUUGCUGAAACAAAUCUCCAUAAGGCUGGUACAUACCUUUGUCUCCUUGAGAAAUUCUUCCCUGAUGUUAUAAGGGUAUACUGGAAAGAAAAGGAUGGUGAUAAAAUUCUGAAAUCUCAAGAGGGAAAUAGCAUGAAGACUAAUAACACAUACAUGAAGUUUAGCUGGCUGACUGUGACUGAGGAUUCAAUGGAUAAAGAGCAUAAAUGUAUUGUCAAACAUGAAAACAAUCAGGGAGGAGUUGAUCAAGAGAUUCUGUUUCCUCCCAUAGAUAAAGUUGCCAACAUCAUUUCUCCCACAGAAGCUUAUUUGAAAACUGAAAAUGCUUUCACAACUAUUACUAUCAAUCCCAGAGGUGAAAAUGUUAAUAAUACUACUGAUCUGGAAGCUUGCUUGGAAGAAAGAAGGGAUGUGCUGCAGAUUCAGGUGACGAACACCUCUGCAUUCUACACCUACCUCAUCCUGUUCUUCAAGAGUGUGGUCCACUUGGCCUUCGUUAUGUUCUGUGUGUUUAGAAGAGCAGCUCUGCGUUGUGACGGUCAAAGUUCGUAAUGGAUGAUGAAACAGGAGGGUCACGUGGCCGUCAUCCUUUUCUGCCCCUCAAUAUCUUCUGAGGGUUUAGCUGGAUGUGCUUGCUGCUUGGACCUCCUCAAGGUCACACAUGUGGGAUUUCGUAUCAUUACUAUACAAAUGUUUUCCAAACAGGGAGGGAACUGAUCAACUUCACCCUACAACAAAUAGUAGCCCAUGGAAGCACCCAGCCGUCCACACCCAUCCUCUCUCAGUGCCCCCCCAAAACAGCCCAGAGCAUCACAGGCCCAAUGUACACAAACUGCAGCUUCUAAUCACCCCACUUCAUGCCCUUGAACCAGAUAAUGCCCUAAAAGCCUCUACUUCACAUGCCCCAAAGAAUCUUAUUUGAACUUGAACUCUGUGCUUUGUUUUGCAAAAUACAAUAAAAAUCAAGUCUACUCUU